AUGAUUGUGAUUCUCUUUAAAAUACUGGAAAAUUUUUUUAUCCAUAAAUGGAACGAACAUUUUAUGUCACAUCAACCAAUUCGUGUUGUUCAACCACCGAUACAACCAUCUUCUGUGCAUUCAAGAAGUUCAAGAAACUAUCAGAGUUCUAACUCCGCCAGAUAUGAUGACUUGGUGCAAAUUGCUGAACAACAACGACGUCUGAUUGACGCCAAUCGACAAAUGAUUCAUGAACGUGAAACACGUGGAAAUCAUAUCGACAAUGCGCCCAUACGUUUAGCUGUACUCAGGAAUGAGAUACUAUUUGAAGAACGUGAAAUGACACGUUUAAAAAUGAUAGAACGUGAAACACAGCAAACAAUAAAUCGUCGAAUGAUAGCUGAAAGACAAUUAAAUGAUUUGAAAAUUAAUUAUACAUCACAAGAGCAACAUUUAAGAAAUGUCAUUUCAAAAAUUACUUCCUUACAGACGCAAUUAGAUAAAUUACGUCGUCGUCGAUUAAUAGCAUUAAAUGCUGCUCGAGAACAACAACAAAAAUUAAUGAAUUCACCAAUUAGGCCUAAAUAUACUGAUUCUAUGCAAAAAUUAUCCGUAAUGCCAACAUUAGCUACAACAUCAACUGAUAAUAUCAUUUCACGAAAUGAUAUCGAUGGAUCAAAAUCAUCAACACUGAUUACUACUGAACAAUCAGUAUCACAUAGUAAUCAUAACAGUGAUAAUGAAAUGUUACGACAAAUACCAUUAAUAUCAGAUUCCGGAAGGUCAAGAAAUUCUUCUUUUGAUUUACCUUAUCGUCCACGAGCAUCCGUUGAACCAUUUCAGGUUAAUCGGUCAAAGCCUUUCAUAGAUGCUAGAAGUGAAUUAUCUUCAAGCUGUCCUCCUCAACUACUAAAUAAGCCAUUUAAUGUUUCUACAUUUGGAAAAGAUAGAGCUAACUUCACAUUCAUCGAUCGUAACAGUUCACCAUCACCGCCAAAAGAUCCAUAUCCAACAGUUGAGAAUACAUUUGAUAAUAAAAUAACAAAAUUGGACGAAAGAAGAACAUUUGAUACAUUGGAUCAUUGCUUAAAUAAAAAAUUAUCAUCGUCAGCAAUUGAAGUAAUGGAAAAACAACAACAACAAAAUAAUAAUACAACUAAUAGUAGUAGUAAUAGUACUGCAAUAGUGCAAGAUGAACAAUUAGCAUUAAAUUUGGUUGAUAAUACAAAGCUAACAAGAGCUGAUCAAAUUUCUAUACGACCUGAUACAUUACGAGCUGCAAAGAGAAGAUCAUGGGCUAUUCAAGAGAAUACAUCAUGCAAUGAAACCGAAUAUAUUCGAAAAAUUUUACUUGAUGAGCAGAAGAAAGGUCGUACUCAUUUAUUAGUUGGAUGUAAUAUUGGCAAUCUUUUUACUGUUAUAAAUAAGAAUGCUACUACAAUAUGCAAACCGGAAAUAAUUCAUGAAGAGGAAAAGGAAACAACAGAUGAUGACACUACGACAACAGCUCCGGAAUAUGUAUGUGAACUUCUUAUGAAGGAUAUUCAACUUGAUGAAUUACCGGUUGAAAUUGAGCAAAUGGAAGAAUGUAAGCAAAUGAAAGUAUUAACUGAGAAGGAAUUUACGGAUGAAAUAGAAAUGCAAAAGGAAACAUCAAAUAUCACAAAUCUUAUUAAGACAUCACCUGAAAAGGGUAUUCUAUGUCAUAAUAAAGUGAAAAAAGCAGCAAGAAAAGUAGUUUUUGAUCCGUUAGCAUUAUUAUUGGAUGCAGCACUGGAAGGUGAAAUGGAUUUGGUAAAAUCAAGUGCUGCUAAGCUAUCAAAUAUAUCAGCGUGUAAUGACGAAGGUAUCACUGCGCUUCAUAAUGCAAUUUGCGCUGGUCAUUAUGAGAUUGUACGUUAUUUGGUGGAUUCAUUUGCUGAUGUAAAUGCGCAAGAUUCAGAUGGUUGGACACCGCUACAUUGUGCUGCAUCAUGCAAUAAUUUACCAAUGGUAAAAUUAUUAGUUGAAAAUGGCGCUUGCAUUUUUGCGCAAACAUUAUCAGAUUUAGAAACACCAGCUGAAAAAUGUGAAGAGGAUGAAGAUGGCUAUGAAGGUUGUCAACUCUAUCUGAAAGCAGCUAAUCAAGAAGCUGGAAUUAUCAAUAAUGGAUUUAUGUAUGCAGCAUAUGAUUAUGAUAAAAUGCAAGAUGAUGAAUUAAGUUUUUCAAUUGGUUCAUGUUUACGUGUCCUAGAAAAAGAUACCAAUGAUCAUGCAUGGUGGUUUUGUGAAAUUACAACAACCGAAAUUUGUGAUAAUGGAAGUGAAAUAUCAAAACGAGGAUUGGUACCACGAAAUUAUCUAUCACUUUAUCCAAGCUUAUCAAAACGAAGUGCUAAUUUUCAAAUGUUUGAUUUAUCACAAUUACCAAGAAUUCAUGAUUCAAAAAAUGAUAAUAUAGAUGUGAAAGAAUGGCGAACGAGUAAUUCAGUAAUUGAAAAAAUUACUGAAAAAAAUGAUGAUGAAGCAAUUGUUGAACAAACAUUACCAAUUACUGUUUCAUAG